AUGGACGCUGCACCCUCACCCCUGCCCUUACCUUCCCCAUCAGUGGCGCGUAUUGAUGAACGUAAUUGCAAACUUUUUGGGCCUGUGUCCAUUGUGACGCAGCUCUUGCUAGGUGUGGUCGUACUUGGCUCUCUGUUGUACAAACGCUAUCGAGAACGGCCACGACGUGCUUGGCGCGUAUGGAUGAUGGAUGUAUCCAAGCAGCUUACCGGCCAACUCAUUGUGCAUAUGAUGAAUGUACUGUUCAGCGCCGUAGGCACUCUGCAAGACGGAGGCAACCCAUGCUCGCUGUACUUUCUCAACAUUGCGUUAGACACCACGCUGGGGAUCGUUAUCAUCUUCCAUGUACUAAAGCAGCUGACAUACCUUUUCACAAAUGUAUGGCACUUGCCUGGCUUUGUCUCUGGUGACUACUUUGACGCGCAGGACCAUGGGCAGACGCCCAGCGUCGCCAGUCGCUGGUUACGUCAGACGGGUUUGUACGUCAUCUCGCUGAUAAUCAUGAAACUAUGUGUCUUACUUCUUCUUUCCAUUUUGCCCUUCCUCACAUCCUUUGGGAACUGGCUUCUUGGGCUUUUUGGUACACAUCGAGCCACCCAAGUCGUGUUCGUCAUGGCACUUUUCCCUAUGGCUAUGAACAUGCUGCAGUUCUGGCUUAUCGAUUCUAUUCUGCAGUACAAACCUUCCAACGACUAUCAGGGCAUUCCUACAACGGUCGAUCGUGAUCAUCAUAUGCUCACGGACCAAUCCUCUGUAUCAUAG